UAAGCGAUUGCUCUUUAAAAACUAAAAAGGUUUAUGAAGAUAAAAUUUUCGUGGAUAAGGAUUUUUCUCCAGCACCUUUAGAUAACAAGCUUGAAUAUUAUAAACAACUAAAAGAUUUACAAGAAGAAAACGAGCAGUUGAAAAGGCAGCUUGCAAUUUACACGGAAAAUGUUUUGAAGUUAACAAAUGAAAACGAGGAAAGCCUUGCUUUGGUUAACUAUCAGAAAACAGAUAUAAUAAAAUAUGAAGAGCAAUUAAAAAUUAGCCAACUUAAAAACAGAAAAUUAAAAGAGCAACUGGAAGAAGCACUGCUCAAAAUAGACGGCCUAAAUUCAUUAAACAUUGAAUUGGCCGACUGCAGAAAAAUUGCAAAAGAAUUUAAAAUGAACCACUCUUUAUCCCAACAAGAAAUUCGACUUCUAAAUAACCGAAUAAAAGAAUUGGAAGUAAAGUCCCAAGACGUAAAUGAAUUGCAAACGAAGAUUCAAAAACUGAAGCAUUUGGUUCGAACCACAAGAACUGAUCUUUUUGCUGCUCUUGAAAAGAUUAAAGAAAAAGAAGAAAUUAUUCAAACUUCCGUCGAGGAAAACAAAAAACAUCAUGAAUUACUACUGGCCGAGCUAUCUUUAAAAGAGCAAAUUCAAGAAAAAUUAGAAAACGAGCGCUUGAAAGUGUCUACUCUAGAGCACGAAUUAGCCCAAAGCGAGGAAUCUCAUCGUCAGAUAACUGCGUGCUUGGAGGAGGAUCUCAGCCGCGCCAACGCUAAACUGGAAGCACUCGAGAUUAAUUUUACCAAGUACAAAACACGUGCUCAAUUCAUCCUGAAACAAAAAACUCCGUUUCCAGUGCUUUCAAACCCUUCGGAGAAUUUACAACAGAAACAACAACUGGAUGCCGUUUGUGCGGAAUUGGCCAUUUGGAAAAAAACGUCUGAGAAAUUGCGCCAAAAAAUGGAACUACUUGAAGAAGAAAAUUCCUUUCUCGCGCGCUCUUCUGCUGAAAAGCAGCAGAAGCUCAAUUUUGAACUUCAGAAUUCUCAACAAGAGAUCUCGAGAUUUAAGCAACUUCAUAAAACUCUGCAGGAAGAACUUGAAGCACUGAAACACACUUCCAUCCAGAUGGCCUCUUUAGAAAAGUCUCUCGAAUCUUUAAAGCAGGAAAAAAAGGAUUUAUUAAAAAAAAUUGAGAGCAUGGAAAUUUCGCUGGAAAAUAUAGAAAAUCAAAAAAGCCUUGAAGAAUCUACUCUUUCUCUAGAAAAAAAAACUUCGCAAAGUUUUGAAAUUUCCAAUUCUUUGCCGUCCGAUGAUUCUCAACAAGCUCCAACUAAUCGGGUCGCUCAGCUUUGCGGGACGUCCGCCCGAAACACCUUCCUAUUGGAGGAUAACCUCGCUGAUCUUCAGUUGAAGCUCGAGCACGUGUCCAGUUUGCUGGAAGACUCGAACGAACUCGUUCGGAAACACGAAGAUCAGAAUAUUGUCUUGAAGAAGGAAAUUCGUCGUUUGGAAGAAAAUAACUGUCGCAAGGAGCGUUUUAAUUAUGAAUACUUGAAAAACAUUCUUUAUAGUUUUUUGGAUGCAAAAACUCCGGAAGAAAGAAAACCAUUAUUAUUGGUGUUUGGCCAAAUGCUACUUUUUAGCGCCGAGGAAAUGGCUCGUUUAUUGGAACGAUACAAUUUGUUUGAAGAGGCCAAUAAGAAUGAAGGAAACGGUUGGAAUUUUUUUGGGAUUUGAUAUUAGUAAAAAAAAAAAGGAAAUUGCGCCAUAC